UUGGUCAGUGAACAGGCAGAGUUUCUUGGCAGAGCUGUGAAACCCGAGCUCGAAUAUACUAACCAUUAUAUAGCUGAGAUACUUGAACAAGUAUACUCAAUCUCGGUCAAUAUACAAUACUUAGAUCAUGCACGAUGUAAUCCUCCUCCAGAAUACUUAGUUUCUCAUGAUGAAGCUUUAUCGAAGCUUAUGUCUUUCUUGGCAGAGCAUGAUGUGAUGGAUGUGAACUGCCUCUUGGGACUAAACCAUGUUAUUACUAAGCCCAUAAUGGACGAUCAGCAAUUCUAA